AUGCCGAGGGGAUUGCACAACCCGCUACCUGCCUCCUUGCGCAGCGAAUGCAAGAAGGCAAGCCAAAUUCUUGAAUCCUUCUUAGAAGCACCACACUUCGGAAACCCUGGGAAAGAGCUCCCGGGAAAGGUGCUCGCCAAUGCCAAGGGUCUGGCAAUAUGCACAGUAGCGAAAGCUGGAAUGCUAGGAUCUGCCCGCUUCGGGUCCGGCCUAGUCAUCGCACGACUGGAUAACGGCAGCUGGUCUGCCCCGUCCGCGAUUUCAUUAGCCGGGGUCGGAUUCGGUGGUCAAUGGGGAUUCGAAUUGACUGAUUUCGUCUUUAUUCUCGACGAUGCCGGACUUCGCUCCUUUUUACGAAUGGGAAGCUUGACCUUGGGCGCGAACAUCUCACUUGCGUUCGGGCCGGUCGGGAGGAACGCCGAAUUCACUACCAAUGCUAAUAUGGAGGGCUUCGCAACGAUGUACGCCUAUUCCAAAACCAAGGGGUUAUUCGGUGGUGUUAGCGUUGAAGGGGGCAUGAUGGUGGAACGAAGGCAUGCAAACAAGAAACUCUAUAAGUGCAAGGUCAGUGUGAGUCAGUUACUCAGCGGAGAGAUACCACCUCCACCCGAGGCUACGCCUCUCCUGCAGCUUCUACAAUCAGACGCAUUCCAAAGAAGGGAAACGCUUCCCGUUUCAGAGCCGACAACCCGAAGUUUGGACCCGGUCCCCCAGGGCCUGGAGUUGCCUACAGGGCCUGAGAAUCAAUCACCAGCGGAAUUGUCUCCAGAGGGAGUUCAACCAAAUGCCCGUCAUUUACCGGCUGAACUGCAUGGAGAGUCAAGUGUCUCACUGCCCGCUGAACCACCUGCCGACGCAAUCAUCAAUGUACCCAACGAGCCGGCAGCGACGCCUGUCAGCGCAGAAGAGGAGCGACCACAAACCCGUACCCCGACACCGUCUGGGGUAGAGAGAGAAGCACAUGACACAUUAUCCCCUGAAACGGUAUCCUUGAAGACGCGUUCAGAACCAAAAACGGACACGCCGGUUGAGAUGAAGAGCCCAGUUGUGGUCGAACCGAGAGUCCAUGCGCCCUCGCAGACUGUCUAA